AGACACAGAAUCCAAUUGAAUGCAGUUAGCAAAAUACGAGAGAUUAUCAGGCAAUCAAAGCUGAGACACCUACCCAAAAAAAGAAAAUUAAUCACGGCUGAGACAGUGCGCCAGUGCGCACUGCGCACUCCCCCUUAACUGUUGGCCAGUGUCGAUCGCUAGACCAGCCGUGUGACCGCGCACUAAAUCGGGUCCGACUGACUCUCUCUCUCUCUCUCUCUAGCAUUCCUGUAGCUGUUCCCUUCCUCUGUUAGCUGUUAGGUAUGCGCAGAAGGUAGAGAGAUUCUUCUUCGCCAUCGAUUGGUCGCUGCUGUUUCGAUGCUGCUGUGUUUUAUGCUUCCCUGAGGCCGAGGAUGGUGGGUUUAUGCGGCCCUUUCAUGGACAGAUGCUAUGGUUUCUUUCCGUGUCUCUCUGAUCCCGCUCGGAGAUCGUCGUUCGGCCUUAAAGUGGCGUUGGUGGUUCUGCAUCUGAUCUACGUGGGCAUUCUCUUUCUGUUAGAUAGAGAUUUGAUAGAAAAAACGAGAAAAGAGCCGUGGUACACUGCAUUGUAUUUGUUGUUGUUUCUUGCUACAUUGGCUCAAUAUUUCUUUACUUCUGGUUCUUCCCCUGGCUAUGUCCUUGAUGCAAUGAGAGCUGUCAAUGAGGCAGAUUUAAGUUUUAGGAAGACAUCAAUGACCUCAAAGCAGCCUGCUUCAAGCAAAAAUGGAAGUGUGGUAAUUAAUAUGGGUGGGAAUCAGCUGGGAAGAAUUCCUCAGGGAAGCAGUGUGACAUCUUGGGCGAAGUUGGUUUUGGACAUGUAUCAUCCUGGAACAUCUCUCAGAAAUUGGACUUGCACCUAUUGCAACGUUGUGCAGCCCCCACGAGCAAAGCACUGUCAUGAUUGUGACAAAUGUGUUCUCCAAUUUGAUCAUCAUUGUGUUUGGCUUGGAACAUGCAUAGGCCAGGGUAAUCAUUGUCGAUUCUGGUGGUACAUUUUGGAGGAGACAGCAUUGUGCCUAUGGACUGGAAUCUUGUACAUUAUGUACUUGAAGAACAAUAUAUCAAAGGCUUGGUGGAUUGAUGGAAUUUUCAUAUUGCUACUGAUUACUUUGUCAAUUUCUCUGAUCUUUCUGCUUCUGCUGUUGCUUUUCCACAGCUAUCUUGUCCUGACGAAUCAGACAACCUAUGAACUUGUCAGAAGGAGGCGCAUCCCAUAUUUGAGAGGAAUUCCUGAAAGAGUGUAUCCUUUCAGUAAAGGAUGUCGUAGAAACCUGUACAACUUCUGCUGUGCUCAGAGCAGCAUAUAUAACAUGGAACCGUUGCCUACGGCAUACGAAAUUGAAGCUAAAUCAAGACCCUACACAUGCUUGGAUAUUUUGAUCUGCCGAUGCUGCUGAUAUUGUGUGCCUUGCCUUGCCUUGUAUCAUUUAAUUUUAUUAGCAAUUUUUUGCCCUAGAAAUUUAUUGUGGGUUAGGAUCGAGUGUAGAAGCAGCCCUGUGUUUGUAGCAAUUACUCUAUGAAGUCAUAAUUUUUGGAGAUGAGAAAUACAUGUAACAAUGAGUUUUCCUCGUUUGCUA